CUCUACAAAUCAACACACGUGCGCACUUUAUCCUCGAAGUCAAGCACGCUUAACUUUGGAGUUUCUGAGCGAUGAGCUCUUGAAAAGAACAUGUACUUUGUUGGCUAAUGGAACUUGGCCGGGCAGGAUUCUCUAAAGAAUUUGAGAAAGCAAUCGUCACAAUUCAUCUCAACCGCAAAGACUUUGUUUAUGUUGAUGGUCAUGGAGUGCUUAUUAGCGAUAAUGGGUGGAUUGCCACUGUUUAUCAUCUCUUCAAGUCUGAGGAUCCAAAACCUAGUUUUCAAGUGGGAUCAGAGGUGGGUAUUAAAUGGUUUGAUGGUGAAUCUUUUAAGGUUUACUAUGCAGAAAUUGUUUUGCUUGUGAAGCAAAAUGAUGUGGCUUUGUUGAAGGUUGUGAGAAGCGAUGGUGAGGAAGACAUGCCUUGGGAUUUUAAUUAUGCUAAUUUUGCGGAUGAAUUACCCAAGCUUGGUCAAGAGGUUCACAUGACUGCGACAAACGAUGGUGUGAACUUUGAAUAUACCUAUGGAAUGAUUAGUUUUGAGGGAAGAAAGUGUGGUGAUGUUCCAUCUAGGUGUAGAGAUCUGAUUCAUUUUAUUGGUGAAGACUCGCCUGUGAUACAAGUCCAUAAUCUGCAUGGAAUCCCGGGAUGUUCAGGGGUACCGGUUCUCAACUCUGAGGGGGAAGUUGUUGGACUUUAUUCUAUUGGUUACUCGAGGAUUGCUUUCAUCACGCCUUCUACAAUUCUAAAGGCCCUUUGUGCUCUUCACCUUAAGGAAAGUGGAGAAUGUGGAAUGGUUGAAGAGGAAGAUAAGAUUCUUAGCAAAAAAAGGAAGCGAAAAUUGCAUCCGUUUUUGUCAAAGUUCUCUUUCAAGCUUGCUCACAACUUGAUGAUCAGAGGAAGAGCAAAGGCCUCAACACCAGAAAACUGAAGAUUCCUAAUGUGUGUAUCAAAAGACUUAAGUUAGAGAUUGAGAACGGAUUUGCCAUUUCUCAUAUAUUUUUAUUGAAUAACGUAUUCUGGUUUUCAACGAUAUAUGUUAAUGUGAGAACGUAGUGGGCUGAGGAGUUUGAAUUUGGAGAAAGCUUGCAUUGACGGAUUGCUUGACGUCAUGUAUUUGAGCAAAUCAGUUAGCUUUUGCAUUAGAUAUAUAGCUCAUUUUAUAUCAUGACAUCAACUUCUACUUGAAGUUGUAGUCAUUUUUUAUUUUUAUUUUUAUAUUUUUGUGAAUAAUUAGUAGGAAAAGGA